AUGAUUGAUGGCCUUGCGAUUGAGGUAGGGGAUGGCAGGACUACCAGAUUUUGGGAGGAUACGUGGUUACAAAUAGGAAAACUGAAAGACUGUUAUCCGAGACUCUUUUGCAUUUCGAACAAAAAAGGAUCACCAAUUUGGGAUUGUGGGUUUUGGGAUGGGAUAGAGUGGGUUUGGCAUUUUCAGUGGAGGCGAGAGCUCCGCCAGUGGGAAUCAGAGACUUUAGAUCAGCUGUUGAAUGCCUUCCAAUUUGUUAGGCUGAUAGCAGAAGUGCAAGAUAGAGUGGUAUGGAAAUUCGAUAAGGAAGGUGUUUAUACGACUAACUCAUUUGUGCAGGUUUUGCAGGAAGCGACUCUGGAUGAGGAUAUUCUGAGGUACAGAUUCACAAAAGAGAUUUGGAGAGGUUUCGUUCUGCCUAGAGUUGAGUUAUUCUCUUGGUUUGCUCUGAUUGGUCGGAUCAACACAAAAGACUGGCUUAGUAGGUUGGGUAUCCUAGGACCACAUGAUAAUCUGUGUGUGUUGUGUAAGAAAGCAGUUGAAAGUGUUCAUUACCUGUUGGUAGCUUGUGAGUUUUCUUGGCAAGUGUGGUGUGGAUGGAGUUCAGAAUUUGGCCUGAAGUGGACAGCUCCCGGCACCUUGAAAGACCACUUUGAAAGCUGGAGGUACAUGCAUAUGAGACAGGAGGUGCGCAAGUUCUGGCUAGUUGGGUUCUUUUCUAUGAUAUGGAACAUUUGGUUACGGAGAAAUGAUGCAAUCUUUCAGAACAAGACAGCAGGAGUUGUAGAGUAUGUGGCACAAUCGUUUCUUAGUGCUGCGGAAUGGUGUGAGAACUAG